GGAGCUCAUGUCUUUGCUAAUCCAGUGAGUGGAGGAUUUCAGCACCACGCCUCUCUGGACAGCUCCUAUAACAGCACCUGUCUCUCUCUCUCUCAGUGGAAGUGUGUCUCUCUGGAAUACCAGCUCAAAGAUUCCUCAAACAGGCUUUUCAUUUUUCCUGUGAGCCAUGGCUGAGAGAAGACUCCUUCCCCAGGAGGAUGACCAGGGAUCUCUGCUGUCCAGACUGGGCACCGACAGCCCUAAACCCCGGGUGAAGUUCGGAGGGAUGUUCUGCAACAUCGAAGGAGCUUUUGAGAACAAGACGUUGAAUUUUGAGUCGUACAGCCCGAGUUCUGCCAGGAGAAACCCUCGGGGACGAGUGGACGAUCAGAGGGACAAUUUCAGCGACACGUCGAGCAUGAGUGACUUCAGCAGCGUGAGUCAAACGCAGCCCACUCCGUCCUGCAGUUCACAGGGUCAGACCCUCGUUUACCCCACCGGACCCGGUCGCGCGCAGAACGGGCGACGAGAGGGUGAUAAACUCGUUAUUAAAGGUGGAAAAAUCGUAAAUGAUGACCAGUCAUUUUAUGCCGACAUUUACAUUGAAGAUGGAACCAUUAAGCAGAUUGGUGAGAACCUCAUUGUACCUACUGGUGUGAAGACAGUGGAUGCCUACGGGCACAUUGUGAUCCCGGGAGGCAUCGAUGUGAACACCUAUCUACAGGCCCCUUACCUGGGCAUGACCCCGGCAGACGACUUCUAUCAUGGCACCAGAGCUGCUCUGGCAGGAGGAACCACCAUGAUCAUUGAUCAUGUUGUACCUGAACCGGGAGCUAGUUUACUGGCAGCGUAUGACCAGUGGAGGGAUACGGCGGACAAGAGGUCGUGCUGUGAUUACUCUCUGCACAUCGACAUCACUCGCUGGCACGAUGCGCUGUUUGAGGAGCUGGAGUAUCUGGUCAAAGAUAAAGGUGUUAACUCCUUCCUGAUCUUCAUGGCUUAUAAGGACAAGUAUCAGAGCUCUGAUACACAGAUCUAUGAGAUGUUUAGUGCCAUGAGGGAACUGGGUGCCAUCGCACAGGUUCAUGCUGAAAAUGGAGACAUUAUUGAGGAGGAACAGAAGAAGCUCUUGGAUCUGGGAAUCACUGGCCCAGAAGGACACGUCCUGAGCCACCCGGAGGAGGUGGAGACUGAGGCUGUGUAUCGAGCCAUCACCAUUGCUAAACAGGCCAACUGCCCUCUCUACAUCACAAAGGUGAUGAGCAAACCAGCUGCUGACGUCAUCGCCAAAGCCAGGAAAAAGGGUAUGGUCAUCUACGGAGAACCGCUCGCAGCCGGCCUGGGCGCGGACGGAUCGCACUACUGGAGCAAAAACUGGGCCAAAGCUGCUGCGUUUGUCAUGUCUCCUCCGCUCAGCCCUGAUACGAGCACGCCGGAUUACCUCAGCUCACUGCUGUCCUGUGGGGAUCUUCAGCUGACAGCCAGCGCGCACUGCACCUUCACCACGGCACAGAAAGCUGUUGGAAAGGACAACUUCACCUUCAUCCCAGAGGGGACCAACGGCAUCGAGGAGCGGAUGAGCAUCGUCUGGGACAAAGCUGUGGCAACUGGUAAAAUGGACGAGAAUGAUUUUGUUGCGGUAACGAGCACAAACGCUGCAAAAAUCUUCAACCUGUAUCCUCGGAAAGGCCGAAUCGCUGUUGGAUCGGAUGCGGACAUUGUUAUCUGGAACACAAAGGAGACGAAAAUCUUCUCUGCCAAAUCUCACAACCUGACCGUGGAGGUGAAUAUCUUUGAGGGAAUGGAGUGCCGAGGUUUCCCUGUGGUGGUCAUCAGUCAGGGCAGGAUCGUUCUGGAGGACGGGAACCUCAAUGUGACAGAGGGGUCAGGCCGCUUCAUCCCCAGAAAAGCCUAUCCGGACUUUGUCUACAAGAGAAUCAAGGCCCGAGGCAGGAUGGCUGAUGCUCGUGGUGUUCCUAGAGGGAACUAUGAUGGCCCCGUUCAUGAUGUCAUCAGUAUGACCAAAUCUGUACCAGCCACUCCCACCACAAGAGGGCCCUCGUGUCCGGGAAAGACCCCAGUGGGGCCAGCGAGAAAUCUGCACCAAUCUGGGUUCACUUUAUCUGGCACUCAAAUGGAUGACCACAUCCCCAGGCGUACAGCACAGAGGAUCGUAGCGCCACCUGGAGGCCGUUCCAAUAUCACAUCCCUCUCAUGAACCUCGUCCACCAGGGGAUCCAACAGCAGCCAUUUCGCCUUCUCCGGCUUCCAGUUUUAUAUUACCUUAAUCAUGCAAAUAUUAAUCCCAAUAAACCCAUACACUCUGCCAACCCAAUAGGCUAUGCAGCAGCUCACUAUAGCUUUCCAUGAAUUCAUAUUCACUAUAUAAUGGGCCUCUCCUCUGGUCAGACUCACUCAUAAUGUAGCAUGCUCUUUUAUCAGAGUCACCCAGAAUCCAUUCUGCUUUAGCGUAGCAUUGAUGGCGUAAAGACGGCUAGUGAUUGUUGUGUUUGUGAACUACUGAAUGGAUCUCAUUCUAGUACUGCCUUUCAACCAGUGCUUUCCUCCUGCGACAUGUAGAUUCAGACGAGAUGUUUAAAGGAGAAGUGUGUUUUCUAUGGAAGCCUGUUUAUGCCACAGAAUAAAAAAAAAAAAAAAUUAAAAAGUUAAUUGCAACUUUUUUCCUCACAAUUUUGACUUUUUUCCUCAAUUAUUAGUUUAUAUGUUACAGUUCUGACUUUUUACUUGCAAUAAUUUAACUGCAAAAAUUAAACUUAAUUUUGAGGUACAAUUCACAAUCACAAGAUAUAAACUCACAAUUGCAAAAAAAUAAAAUAAAUUGUAAGAUGUAAACAUGGAAUCCUGGGGGGAGGGGGUGGUGAUACUAAGAAUGCUAUAUUAGAUAACUCAGAAUUACAUUUACAUUUAGUCAUUUAGCAGAUGCUUUUAUCCAAAUGUCAAAUUGGAAUUCUGAGUGGAAACAAAUAAUUAUGGGAUAUAAACUCAGAAUUUUGAGAUGUCACCUUGGAAUUCUGAGAGAAAAAAAAAAAGAAAGAAUUGAGAUAUAAACCCAGAAUUGUGAGAUGUAAACAGAAUUCUGAGGGGAAAAAUCGGAAUUAUGAGAAGCAAGAUUGGAAUUCUGAGAAAAAAGAUUGGAAUUAUGAGACAAACUCAGAAUUGCGAAAUGUAAACUUGGAAUUCUGAGAAUAAAACUGAAUUCUGAGAUAUAAACUUGGAUAAGAUUGGAAUUCUGAGGGGGAAAAUCUGAAUAAUGAGAUAUAAAAUGUAAACUUAGAAUUCAGACUUUUUCUCAGAAUUGAGAAACAAGUACCUUUUUAUUCUUUAUUCAAUGGCGGAAAUGGGUUUUCACAGUUUUCUGCACCAGUAGUGAUGCAAAAAUGACACUUCAUCUUUAAGAGAUUGUGUUCUGUCAUUGUGCUUUAAAGGAAAAUCAAGAAUUACCUACUGAUGGUCUUACUGCUAAGAUAUUAAAAAAAAGAAACCGUUAUUGUUAGGUUUGUCCAUGUUGUAUCUGAGACUAGAGCAAAAAAAAAAAAUGGAUUGUAGACUUCUGCCUCUAACUGCGUUCAUGAUUUACGGUUUAGUUUUGAAGGCUAAGACUCAUCACACAGAUACAGCAAUCAGCGAUGCAUUUUUUGUAUGUUUCUAAGACAACGUUUGGUGCUCUCGAUCUAUAGAUCCAACACAUGCCAAUGUGUUACUGUGAGGAACAGUCACUUUUUGAACCCAGAUGAACGUUUUUAAUUCUUUUGAGGUUUAUAUUCCUGUAAUGCAUUUAAUUACCAACAGUCUUUUUGUAGUCUUAACCGGUAUUUGCUGGAAAUCUCCAUAUUAGUAUGUAAUAUGUAAUUUUCGUGAGAUAUUUCAGAGUUGAAGGUGAAGGUCAGUGAAGCUGAAAAUGAUCAGUGGAUUGUCUUUUCUACCUUCUUGUUCAUUCUGUAAAUAUAUUUUUUUGUUUUUCAUUUUUGUGCAUGGUUUGCAUGUCCUCAAUAAUAAAAAAUGUAAAAAAAAGUAUAAAGAAAAAUUGCCAUUUUGU